CAACAAACCUCGAACCCACCCGUGGCUCGCCCAAAUGUCGCGUAGCUAUUGGGCAUUAGCUCAGAAUGGUGAUUUUCAAUGUCCCGGAGCCAUUGAUUUCAUGUUGGCCGUUUAUGCGGUGAAUACAUAGUGUUCCAUUGGCUGAUGGCAUCUGUUUUCAAUGUCUUCUUUCAAUGCCGUGCUGUGGCGGACGCGCAUGCAUCGUAGGCAGCCGAUUAUAUGCUCCUACGUAUUACUUUAGGUACCUCCCUGCUGCGCUCUAUACAGGGCGAUCCCAGAGCACAGAGCACUCUGUUGAAAACCCAGCCCAACGGUUCAGGCCCUCAUCAACAAUAAACAAGACAGGGUCCAGGCUCGUUAAUUGUCAGCCUGAUGGCAAAGGGUCCAACCACCAAAGCCCAAGCGGAAAUCACCAAAAAUUCUUUCGCGACGCCGAAUGUCCGUGGGCCGGCGUUGCAUUGAAAGGUCCGUCCCGAGAGGCCGGGCAGCAUCCGCCCGUCAGGCCCCGUCGGGCCCCGUCUUGCACUCUAGCCAGCAGGGAAGUUGCCUGCUGCGACCCCUGUGGCGACAGUGACAUUGAGGCUUUCAGGCUCCCAAGGCGCAUUCAAAGCCCCGGGGGGACGCGUUGGUGUUUUCUGGAGUACAGCACCGCCAAACCUGGAGAGAAAAAGAAGGUUGCCGUACCGUUGGGCUGGACGUACUGCGCGGGUUUCCAUUCGCGGGCUCCGCACAGCCUCGACGAGUGGGAAUUUGGCCGAACUGUCAAUUCACAAAGGGCGAGACAUUCAGCUGGCGACAGCCUUUUGGACAAUGUCGUUGGCCGUGGCUGGCGUGAAACAUGCAACCCAGGUUCCAAGCCCCCCAUCACGCAUCUGCGAUCCCGCCAAUCUGCGUGCUUGACAGGACGGGUGACAGGAUGUCACUAUGUCACGAUGGCUGCUGUUUCCGCCGGAGGUAGAUGACACUAAACUGCUCGGGUUGGACGGCUCAGAUCAUUGACGACGACGUUGCUCAGAGGCGCGGCCGCACACUCGCCGACGUUCUGCGAGAAAAAGGCUUUCGGCCUCGGACAUGGUUCGGCGCCUGGAGUGCCAAGCCUCGAGAUUUCGCAUGCUCAGACGCCGACAUGUCCGUCAUCCCUGCGCCGCUGCGCUGCGCUGCCCUUUCCUGUCCAGUCCCAGCCUUUGGUUCAGUUCCGUCUUUCUUCUUCUGGCCUUGUCCAAAGGCGGCACCCCCGUCGACUCACUUCA